CAAUCAUAUACUGCAUUGGUUGAAGUGGGCGGGGACACAGUGGAAGCGACGGUGUUGUUCAGCAGCCAUUGAUGCUCCUUGUCAGGACUCAGGAGGAGGACGCACCGAUUUUACCGAGAAUUUACCGAGAGCGACGCUUCUGUGGAGAACUUCGCCAUGGUGUACCACUCUCUCGCCCUGCCCAUGAUCUGCUUCACCACGCUGUGGGCGCUGGUGGGGGUCGUAGCCCCGUUUUUAGUGCCCAAAGGACCCAACCGAGGCGUGAUUGUCACCAGUCUCAUCCUCACAGCGGUCUGCUGCUACCUGUUUUGGUUGGUUGCUAUUCUGGCCCAGACUAACCCUCUGUUCGGCCCUCAGCUGAAGAACGAGACCAUAUGGUAUCUGUUCUACUUCUGGGAAUAAACACGUCAGGAGGAUACAACGUCUCCUCCCUUCGUUCCUGACCCUCCAAUUUGCUGAAUUCUUUUCAACAUAAUUUGUAAAAAACCUUUCUAUCUCCCAUCAGUGAAUCCUCCUUCAGUCUUCUCUGCAGCCUGGGACAAGUAGAGAGUGUAGAGUACAGUGUGUGUGUCAUUUAAGAGUUUAUCAGAAGAAAACAAAAUUCAUCUCAUGACUCAGUGAAUCAGGAAAACACUUUGUGUGAAGGAUGUCAUGAUGACUUGAUUUCAGAGUAAACGCUACAGUAUAUUACAGUAUACCAUACAGACAGUUCAGCACAACUCAAACAGAACAAAAACUGCGUUAUUAUUUUGUUAUGUUGGCAUCAGAAGAUAUAAAUAAAUGAAACUUUCAGACCUAUAAUCAGUGUUCAUGUGAUUUUACACAUUCAUAGUGUUGUGAAAUCAAUGAACACAUAAUAAUGGUGAUAAUUGUAAUAUGGUGAUUAACUCAGUGACAAUAAUGGUGACAUCCCUCGAUGAAAUGUGUUUGUGUUUCUCUGUUUGACUGUUGUGUGAAGCUGUCGUCAGGGGACAUGAUUUUUCAAGUGUUUGUGUUAUUUUGUGCGGACUGUGAUGUGAUGCAUGUGUGAGUGUGUGUUGGGCCACUGACAAUGACAGUCUCAGAGAGCGACUCCACUUCAGCACCACAUUCCUCGUUGCCAUGGUGAUCCUGUCGCACAAUUAAUUCCAACUCUCCUUCAUCCUUUUUUUUGAUAAAAUCCUGUGUGCACAUGUGUAACUGCAUUUAAUGCACACACAAAAACAACAAAACAAGCCUGCAUUUUCCCCACGAGCAAGCGACCAAUACGCCCACGCCACGCCCACUCCCUCCCUGGCUCUCUUGUUAAAGCUCCGCCCCUAAAACCCAAGAAAGCGCUGUGAUGAAUCUGGUCACAACAACAUGGCGAGAAACAAAGUAUUGACCCAAGCUUGAACUGCUUAUCACGUUUUAACGUUGUGUAGAUUAUUUUUACUCUGCACUGGUGCCUCCUCCUCAUCAAGCAGCCAUCGCCACAGCUACGCCCCUCUUCUUCCUCCCUCUCUUCCUCUAAAACCACUUUAAUUCACCCAAAAAAAAAAUCAAAAUCAAUAUACAGCUACUUUUUAGAAAGACCAAAUUACGUUGUAUCUUUUCCUUCAGCCCUCUUUGAUAGUUGUGGCGUGUGCACUGUACAGUGUGUGGGGCCCAGACCACGUCACAUCAUAUCUUCCCAUGCCAAAGAAAGCUGAUUUUAGCAGUUUUUAGACAAACAUCUUCUCAGAAUUAGGGCACACGGUGACAGCUGAGGUUUUUUAGUGGCGGUCGCCUCUGAGCGACGGCCUUUUCUGCAGAGAAACUGAAGAUUGCAACUCCUCAUUCCCUGCACUUUAGAAAACCAGUGAUUUUAACAACAUAGAUGUUGAUCCACUGUUUACUCCUUUAAUCCGUCUGUAAGUUCAAAUGUUUGUACAUCAAAGCAUCACGAGUCACAAAGUUGACCAAACAAGGCAGCAGUCGAGCAGCAGCUCCCGGUUUUCUAGAGCUUCUUAAAGAGAGCGCUCAGUAGGUCAGAUACGGUCUCACUCAGACUUUACCCACUAAUGUGACUUGAGAGCAGAUCAUUCCCGGAUCAACAUCUCACAUCCAGUUUCUCUCAGCAGCUUUCAUUGGCAGCUGGUGUGAAGUUCCAUGUUGUCCAACUCCAAGCUGAGCCAGAGGCCACAUGACCACAGGAGGAGGCGGAGCACAGUUAUUAGACAGUGGGUCAGAAAGUGUUAAUGACAAGUCAACAGGAGUGUGUCAGACGUUCAGGUCUCUGGUUGUUUCCUCUUCAUUUCCUGGAAUCCCACGUCCCCACAGAAACCUUGUGUUGUGAGUUUGUUCUCGACUGUAAACUGAACCAGAUCAGUCACAGACGAGUCAUUAGAUCAGAGAAGCUCACACUGGAUGUGAAGUCACCAUGACAAAUGUGAAAUCUGUGAUUUUCUUCAGUUCUUUUGAAAACCACAGACACAGUUUUAUCUGGCAGCGUGGAUGGAGAUGGAAUCACCAUGGUAACACAUCGGCUGAAUGACAUAUCUAAUUGUUGGUGGAAGUGAGUUUGUGUCUGUGACCUUGUUCUAGUGUGAAGUCAAUGCUUCUGUGUGAGUGGAACUGUCUGUGAAUCACCCAAUAAAGAAAGAAACUGUU